AUGGAACUUCAUCGGCGAAAUGUAAACUUUUGGCCGCUGCUUUUCGUCUUUUUUGCGGCGAGCUCCCAGGCGGUCUUCAUCGAGCCCCGCCAGGCUUUCACAUCACAGCGUUCGUUAGCCGAGAGCGCCACCCGGCUGCCAUGUCGCUACCAGGGCCAAGUGGGCGAGACAGUGGUCCAGGUCACGUGGUACAAAGAGUUGAGUGACGGAACUAAGGACCAAAUUAUCACCGCCCAUUUCUCCGACGGACAAACAGAGUUCAGAGGCUAUGUUGGUCGAAUGAGGUUCGAGAGCGACGACCCUAUCGCCAAUUCGGCACUGCUCAUCCCCAACACGGAUGAGUCCGAUGACGGCAUGUACGCCUGCCAUAUCUCCACCUUCCCCAACGGAAACUUCGAGAGGCGCAUCCGGCUCACUGUGUGGGUCCUCCCCAUCUCUUCGCUGGAGCCGGUGAUGCUGGUGGAGGGCCAGUCGUUCCGCGUGGCCGCCUCAUGUCGCGCCGUGGGCCGACCGCUGCCUAUCCUCUCCUGGGACACCACCGUGCCGGGCAAGUCGCAGAACCGCACCAGCGAUGCGGGCUCUGUCUCUAGCUACUUCUCGUUGCACCCGCUACGCAGCAUGAACGGCAAACGGCUGGAUUGCUUGGUGCGCCACCCCGCCCUGGAACGCCCACGGAGGAUCGUCAACCAGCUGGUUGUGCACUAUCCUCCGGAUGCCACCAUAACCGCCACAACAGACAACUGGUUCGUAGGUCUGGACCAUGCGGCGCUCAUCUGCCAAACCAGCGGCUUCCCCGUGCCUGAAGACAUCAUAUGGACAUGGAAGGGCGGAGCUCUGCCGGACGGUGCCGCCGCUUCAGGAGGACGUCUGACGUUUGGCCGAGGCUUACGUUUGAACGACAGCGGCCUGUACCAAUGUGCAGUGAGCAAUGGAGUGGGCAUGGCCAAAGCAGACUACAUGAUGACUGUGACAGCCGCUUUUCUCGCAGAGAAAUCUCAGCAAAAGGAGGUGUUGCCAUCUGAUUCGUCCACACUGAUCAUUGUCGGCGCCUCGGCCGGUGCCGCCGUUCUGGUAAUGGCUGUCAUGGUAGCGGUGCUUGUGCGCCACCACCGGCGCCGCAGCAGAAAACUGAAGAGGCAGCUCAGUGUCAAAACGGAAGAAGUCAACACUUUGUCUCGCCAGGCUUCUUUCAAGAGGCUCAACUCUAUUGGCUCUGACCCACGUUCGCAGUCUGAAGAAUAUGCUCUGCUCAGAACUGACAGCCGCAUGAAAAACAGCCAAGUGUCUCUGGAACGGCCCAUCUACAGAGACAGCCAGUCCACUCUAGGCGGAAGGUGGGCACCCUUGGGGGUGUCUGAGGCGGAUGGCCGCCCAAGCGUCUGGCAGGAUGAAAGCGAUGACAUCAGGGUGGCGGUGUCAGACGCAGAAAGGGACGACCCCAGAAGGAGGGCCAACUCAUACCAGAAGAGCAGCAACAUGUCGCUGGUACUGGAUUCCGGUCUUCCAUCCUCUCUGCUUCCGUUAAAAGUUCAGACGGACGAUGCCUCGGUACCGACACCUCCAUCGGACGUGUGCGAGACCGUGUCCCCGUCGGAAGAGAACUGGUGUCCUCCUCCACCACCGCCACUGUCGGAACCCUGUGCCAACGGGCCAGAGGAUGGGGAGGACGGUGGCGGCGAACCGUAUCAGCUGUCCCAAGCGCUGACCAAUCACUUCUACUACAGCAACGGUGUCCUCAGACCACGGCCACACGCCAACGCCAUCUUGAUGCACCCUAACGGUCAGGUCAUAUAG